GACUGCACAUGCACAUGCAUAUGCACGCCCACAUCUCCGUCUUCAAUUUCAAUUAAUACUCAAAAUCCCCUAAGAACCCGGAUUUUAUUUCACCAUGUUCGAGCAUUUUAAAGCUCGACACAUCCCGCCGCUCUUCAUCGCAUGCGCGAUGGCUUUCGGCGGGCUUAUGCCCAUCUUCAAUCCGGAGGGUGCGCUGGUAGAAUUUGGCUUUCCAGAAUACUUCGCCGAUGAUCCACUCACGUUUCCCGUCAUGGUGUCUCAGUCCGUCCGCACCACCGCCGUAGGCCUCAUCAUGCUCGUGUUUUAUGCGCAAAAUAAGCUGGCCGAGAUCGAUACGGUGAUGGCUGUCGGAUGCACCUAUAUCGGCGUCAUGGACUGCUACGUACUCUGGAGUGACCGCCAAGGCAUGGCCCUCUUCCGCCUCAUUUGCGGGUUGGCGAUCGGCGCAUGGGGAUUCGCCGGUUUAACGAGAGGGCGGCGGCGGCAUUAUUGAACUCGGCGUAGUUUUGAUCCUUUAUUACGUUUAUCCCGAGGUCCUUGAUGUUCUAGGUAUCCUGACUUGUGAUAAUAUGCAAGGUUCCACUUCAUGCUUGUUUGUUUGGCAACGAUAUUAUGUAUAUGGGGAUAUAUUGGACAACACAUGACUU